AUGCCGAGAUACAGUGAAGCCGUCAGACAGUCACGGUUAAGUAAAAUCAAAGCACUCAACGGUGGUGUUGCGCCGCCCGAGGAGGUCGUUGGAGGUCCUGCCGUACCACAGAAAGCCUCGAUCGUAGACGAUCCAGACGAGGUCGACAUCAGCCAAGGUUCGAGCUUUGCCAACACACCCUCAGCACGACGAACACCAGCGAAUGCAUCAGAUGACCCGCUCGCGGCAGCCAUGCUACGAAUGCAGCAGGAGCAAGGCUUCCUGGGCGGGCAAGAGGAAGAUCCCAUGGCGAAGAUGAUGCAGCAGAUGAUGAGCAUCAUGGGACAAGGUGGAGGAGACCCAAAUGAUCCCAACUCGAAGCCUCCAGAGCUACCACCUAUGCUUGCGAAUAUGCUCAGCGGGCAGAAAGCAGACGACGUGAAGGAACCAGCCACCAGCUCGGCAUACAUCUGGCGCAUUGUACACGCCAUCUUCUCCUUCGUCCUUGCGUCCUACAUCUGCCUCACCUCGACAUUCAACGGAAGCAAGCUUGCACGCAGUGAGAACGUGUACACUCAGGAUGCAGGAUACGGGCUUGGACCACGACUUUUCGUCAUCUUCACAUCGGCGGAGCUUGUGCUGCAGAGCACGAGGUAUUUCAUGGAGAAAGGACAGAUGCAGAGUGGAGGCAUGCUCGCGGGUAUAGUGAACAGCGGCAUGAUACCUCAGCCCUACGCGAACUACAUACGGAUCGCUGGCCGGUACAUCACGAUCGCACAGACUGUCUUUGCGGAUGUGAUGGUAGUCGUGUUCGUGCUGGGAUGCAUGGCAUGGUGGACAGGCAAUGCGACACCAGCUUGA